CCCAAAACCAUCAGCACAACCGCCCACCGCAUCUUCCACCAAGUCCACGCCCACACCCUGCACGGCCGUCUCGCCCUGACGCUAGGAGGCUGCCACACAAGCACAAUCGGCACCCUAACCGCAACCACCGCCGCCCUCCAGCAAACUCAAAACCAACGCCACCAGCACUCCCCUCCAAUCCACUCCACCACUACCCCCGCAGUAAUCAUUCUAGACGCACACCUCGCCCUCAACACCCCGUCCACAAGCCCCAGCGGCAACCUAAACGGAAUGCCCCUCGCCUACGCCACAGGCGUGGCGGGUGCAGCUACCACCGACAGCACCCCUGACGCACCAUUCAGCUGGAUCCAGCAAGCUUGGCGAGUCGAUUUCCGGCGGCUGGUGUAUAUCGGCACGCGGGACGUGGAUCCCCCCGAAAGGGAUGUUGUCGCGCGGCAUGCCAUCAAGGUGUUUGGGAUGGAGGAGGUGAGGCGGCACGGAAUCGAGAAGAUCAUGGACGCGGUGUUCGCGUACCUUGGCCCGGAGACGCCCAUUCAUCUGUCCGUGAAUGUCGAUGCGCUGGAUCCGCGAUGGGCGCCCGGCACGGGGAAUCCGGUGGAGGGUGGGUUGAGUCUUGAGGAUGGAAAAUGUGUGGCGAGAAGGGUGCGUGAUUCUGGGAAUCUGGUGGCUGUGGAUGUGGUGGAGGUUGAUCCCACUGUUACUGAUCGAGAGGGGGUGGAGCGGACGGUGAGAGCGGCGGCUUGGUUGGUGCGGUGUGCGUUGACUGAGUGCUGA